UCAUUGCAAAUUAUAUGUCCUUUCUCUGAACUUCCAAACUUACAGAAAAGUACAAAGUAAGAGAUCCGAGAAGGAAAGAGAGCUAAAUAUGUUGGGAGUGUUCAGCAGCUCAGUAGUGUCACCCCCGGAGGAGCUUGUGGCUGCUGGAAGUCGGACGCCUUCGCCAAAGACGAAGGCGACCGAGCUCGUUAGCCGCUUCCUUGCCGGAAACACCGCCGCUAUCUCGGCUCAGAUUGGGGAUUUUGCUCACUUAGCCUUCUCUCAUGAAAGAGAAUCUCUUCUCCGGCCUAGGUCAUUUGCCGCGAAAGAUGAGAUAUUCUGCUUAUUUGAAGGAGCACUUCACAAUCUAGGCAGUCUAAACCAACAUUAUGGACUAUCAAAGACAGCCAAUGAAUCAGUUUUGAUCAUUGAAGCGUACAAGGCACUUCGUGAUCGAGCUCCACACCCUACAAACCAUGUUAUAGGCCACCUCGAUGGAGACUUCUCUUUCAUUGUCUUCGACAAGUCUACCUCCACCUUGUUUGUGGCAUCGGACCAAUUCGGUAAAGUUCCUCUAUACUGGGGAAUCACUUGUGAUGGGUAUGUCGCCUUCGCUAAUGAUGCAGACUUGCUUAAAGGUUCUUGUGGCAAGUCACUUGCUUCUUUCCCUCAAGGGUGUUUCUUCUCCACUGCCAUAGGAGAAUUAAGAAGCUACGAGAAUCCUAAACACAAGGUUACUGCUGUUCCUGCUACUGAUGAAGAGAUGUGGGGUGCUACAUUCAAGGUUGAAGGGCCAGCAGUAUUGGCAGCCACAAAAUAGGAUUGUCACUCCAAAAUCGGUGCCUUCACAUUCAAAUCAAUUUGCUAUCAUCCAACAUUUAAUUUUUAGUCACUAAAUUUGUGGUAUAGGGAUGCCAUGUACAGAUAGAUGUCUAAUAAGAGUCAGGGUCGGGUGGCCGGGUGGGCGGGCCAGCUCAGGCGGGUCGAGUUUUUGUGAUACUUAAGUUUAUCAUUAUUGUCUGUGAUGUGUGGCUUUAUCAUUGUAAGAUUUUCUGUCUAGGGUAAUAUUAUUCUACUUUUUUUUUUUUUUUUUUUUUUUUUUUUUUUUUUUCACUUUUUAUUUUGUGGUAAGGUCUAGGGUAGUACUUGGUAAGAUAAGUUGUCAAAAAAAAAACUUGGUAAGAUAAACAUAUUGGUGUCCCAUGUAAUGCAGUCCUCAUAAUUUAUCACUAUGCAUAGCUACAUUAGCUACUACUACAUGUGAUUUUAAUAAAUUUCGCCAAAAAGUUAAUGUUAUUA